UGAUUCUACCUAUAAAAGUAAUUUUGUAGCUGAAAUCUACUUAAAGCAAGUUUAUGUAACGUAGAACAAGGGAAUGCUGUUUAAACUUAAUAGGGUACAUUCAACCAACAUACAAUUUCAAUUUCUAGAGCUUGGGAUGGACACAUUUAACACAGCCCAAGACAUAGAGGGCGGUAUAGAGUUGUGUCAUCUACAAGACAACUUCUCUUAAGGACAGAAAAUAAAAAGAACACCUGAGGACAUUUGAAAUGAGAAGCAGCUGGAAGUGGUGUUUGUCGUUUGGUGCAACUCAUUUAGCCAGCUUAAAAGACAUUAAUGUGGACAUGCAAAGAUUGUGAUGCAUCUUUUCAAAGAAGAUCUGUUCUCCUUAAACACUACAGACUGGACCAUAAGCACCAUGGAAGAGGUCAUUUGUAUCCAUGCACAUAUGUGAACUGCCCCUGCCGCUUUAAAACUUGGAAUGCUUUAAUAAGCCAUUUAUCAAGAGGCCAUCCAUCUAAGCAACAACAUCAAGCUGUUGCAACUGUUAUAUACACAUGUCAUGUUUGUGGCUGCAAUCAGCUUUCAUCAGACAAAGAAUACUUUCAACACAUUAGUGUGCAUCUUAAAAACUAUGAGACAAUCAAUUGUAUGUUUUUAGGUUGCUCUUAUGAAACCAACAUUUAUAACAAUUUUAAAACCCACAAAUACAGAAAACACAGACAUUUCCGAUUGGAAGACUUCAAGCCUGGAGUUGUUGAACAAAGGCCAAUUUCAGGCUUGCCAUUAGAAAGUGCUAAUACAUCAGAAUUUGAGGAAUCAACCAGUAAGGAAUGUACAAGUCCAGGCUUUGCCAAUGAAGACCAAGACCAGUUGAAUGACAUUGAAGUAAACCUAGCUUCACUUUUAUUAAAGCUAGAAAACAUAUAUCUUGUAUCUAGCUCAGCUAUUAAUGAUCUUCUCUGUGAGUUACGGUACUUAAUUGGCUCACUGAGUGUGCCAGCUACACUGAGAAUUGUUAGUCAGGUCUUUCAGCAUCACAGCUACCAGAUAGAGGAGAGUGUACUGCAGGAGUUGGCAUCAACACUUUGUAAGUCAAAUCCGAUUCAUUGUGCAAUUGCAGACAAUGGUCCACUGUCCACUUCAUGGAGACGAAAGGCUUACUAUAGGAGUCAUUUUAAUGUGGUUGAGCCAACUGAAUAUGUGUUAGACCCAAAGAAAAACAAAACAUUCCAGUAUGUACCAUUAUUGAAAUCUUUACAGCAGGUGUUAAAUUGUCAACCCAUCUUGGAUAAAGUGAUAAACUUUACAGAAGGAACAUCAGAACCACACACUGAAACACCAGUGUAUAAAUCAUAUCGUGAUGGACUACAUUUUAAAGAGAAUCCUUUACUUUCAGAAGCCUCAGUUAUUUCUUUGAUACUGUAUGUGGAUGAUUUUGAAAUCUGCAAUCCUCUUGGCACAUCAAAGAAAAAACACAAAGUUUGUGGAGUUUAUUGGGUUCUAGGAAGCUUACCCUCAUAUUGUCAGUCAUCUUUGUCAUCAAUUUAUUUGGCUGCUUUAAUCAAAUCUGAAGAUGUUAAGAGUUAUGGGUACGAGAAGGUGCUGCAGCCACUGAUAAAUGAUCUUGUAAACUUGGAGCAGCAUGGUGUUUUCAUUAGCAAGUUGGGCAGGGUUUUAAAAGGUACAGUUCAAUUUGUGGUUGCUGAUAAUCUUGCUGCACAUGGUAUUGGAGGAUUUGUUGAGAGCUUUUCUGGAACUCAUGUGUGCAGGUUUUGUACUGCUGAAAAGUCAGAAAUACAGUCACAAGAAGUUAGAAGCGGUACAUUUUGUUCCAGACCAAAAGAAAUUCAUGAAGAGCACCUUGAAACAAUCAGACAAAAGUCAUUGCCCAGUUACUGUGGUGUGAAGAAAAGUUGCAUUUUGUCAGAAAAACUGUCAUUUUUCAAUGUAACCUCUGGAUUUCCACCUGAUAUUGCCCAUGACCUAUUUGAAGGAAUUGUGCCAGUUGAAAUUGCCCUGUGCCUGUCUGUACUUAUCUCCAAGAAGUAUUUCACUUUGGAUGAUCUAAAUCAGUCAAUACACAACUUUCCUUUUAAGUGGACUGACAAAACAAAUCGCCCUCAUUCUAUCCCUCUCAACUUUGCAUCAAAAAAAACUGUGGGUGGAAAUGCUCAUGAAAAUUGGGCUUUGAUAAGAUUUUUGCCUCUGUUGAUUGGCAGUAAGGUUCCCCAUGAGGAACAAGCAUGGCAGAUCUUGACAGACUUGAAAGAUAUUGUAGACCUUGUUGUCACUCCAGUUCACACUGAAGAUUCUAUACCAUAUCUUGAUUUUAAGAUCUCAGAACACAGAGUGAGAUUUCAAGAGGUAUUUCCAGAUUCAACACUUCGGCCAAAGCACCAUUACUUGGAGCACUAUCCCCAACUUAUUCGUCAGUUUGGUCCACUGGUGGCAGUUUGGACGAUGCGUUUUGAAUCCAAACAUAGCUUCUUUAAGAGAGUUGUCAGACACACAAGCUGCUUUAAGAAUGUGCUCCAGUCAUUGUCAAUGAAACAUCAAUUUCAGAUAGCAUAUUAUUUGCAUGUGAGCUCUGUCCCCAAACCAUCUCUUGAAGUUACAGAUGUUUCUACACUACCACUUGAUGUUCUAAAUGAAAACAUUGCACAAGCACUGAAGCAAAAAUAUGUGCAUAUUGAGGAGGCAUGUUUGUCGAAAAAUGUAACAUACAAUGGCCUAAAUUACAAGACUGGAAUGAUUUUGGCACAUGGCUCCCUUGCAGGACUCCCAGAGUUUUGUGAAAUUGUCCAAAUGGUUGUUGUGCUAGACGGAUUAUGUUUUAUUGUCAGGAAGCUGAAGGCGUGGUACUUUGAACACUACAGAUCAUUUAUUUUGGAAAAGUCUUUGAAUUCAGAAGUGUUGCUUGUAGAGCCUCAUGAAUUAAGGGAUGUGUACCCACUUGCAGAUUACUGUGUUUCAGGGAUGCAUCUUACAACAGUUAAGAGAUACAUACAUGGUUAGAUUGUCACAAUGGCUUGCACAAAGAACAUAGGGCUUCGAGUACUUUUUGGAAAAGAUGAUGCACACAAAAUGUUCAUUCCUAAUGGCUUGCCUGCAUCCCUGGAUGAUAUGCUUGAGAAAAUCAAUGCAGAAUUUCUCCGCAUCACAACAGUCCCCCUUCAGAUUCGAUUCUUUGCAGAAUUAGACAGACUUUCCACAAAUCUUGUAAAAGUUAUCAGAGGCAGAGGUGGAGCCAUUCGUUUCAAAACUAGCCUAUAUGUGUUGGCAUUUGAUGAGACUAGUGACAUAAAUAUAAGGAGAGAGUGUAUCCUUAGAUCCAUCAUUCUCUACCUUGGUGAGGAUGACAAAAACCUGAUAAAAGACUACAUGGAUAUACAAGAUGAGCAGGAAUCAGAUGACCUCUCUAAACAGACAAUGGCCAUCUUUGUGAAACGAAAACCAUGUGAGAGACCCUUUGAAAUGCCAGAUGACGUGGGAAUCGUCAUAGAAGGAAAUGUGGUGUUGAAUAAUUUAAAAUCAGUUGCAUCUGCCUUUUCUUUUCUUUUUGGCCUAAUGUAUUGUUUAAACCUCAGCUACCCACGAGAUUUAAAAUACACAUUUGAGAUGAUACAAAAGUUUUUAUGGACCUUGAAGGUCAGAAAAAGUCCAGCAAGGUGCACAAUCUUUAUGUGAAGUUGCUACAAACAGAGUAAGCAUUUGGGUGGGAGGACAAGUAAUUUAUUAUAAUUAUUUGGCUGAAAUAUUUUUGAUAUCAAGGACCGAUGGUUUAACAUUAUGUAGCAUCUACACUGUUUUGGUUUGUCUGAAGUCUUUAUUAUCCAAGCUUUUCUUCUCUAGGUUGCUGAUUAAUUUUUAUUUGUUGUGACUCAGCAAAGGAAAAAAAUGGCAUUGAUAAAUUGAUUAUUAAAAACAAGAAGUUAUCAGU